GGGGUUAAGCUAAAGCGCUCGGGAAGGAGCCCCUCGCCAAUGGGCUCGGUUUGGCUGAAUAAUCACGUGUGAAUCGAGGGGCGGGCUUUUGGCAGGCCGACCUUACUAGUAUUUACUACCGAGCUCUACUCCAGAUUAACCAUCCCAGUCCUUCUGUCAGCCUCCGACGCCGUCAUGCAGCCUGGUUAGGAGCAGAGGAAAGGGGGAAAGGAGAAGCAACUAAUCGUCUUUUCCCGAUCGUCAGGACCCUAAAGAAUGGCCGAGCCUUGGGGGAACGAGUUGGCGUCCGCAGCUGCCAGGGGGGACCUAGAGCAACUUACUAGUUUGUUGCAAAAUAAUGUAAACGUCAACGCUCAAAAUGGAUUUGGGAGGACUGCGCUGCAGGUUAUGAAACUUGGAAAUCCGGAGAUUGCCAGGAGACUUCUCCUCAGAGGUGCUAAUCCCAACUUGAAAGACCAAACUGGCUUUGCCGUCAUUCAUGAUGCAGCCAGAGCAGGCUUCCUGGACACUGUACAGGCUUUGCUGGAGUUCCAAGCUGAUGUCAACAUCGAAGAUAAUGAGGGGAACCUACCCUUGCACCUGGCUGCCAAGGAAGGCCACCUCCCUGUGGUGGAGUUCCUUCUGAAGCACACAGCCUGCCACGUGGGCCAUCGGAACCACCAGGGGGACACCGCCUGCGACCUGGCCAGGUUUUAUGGAAGAAGUGAGGUCGUUAGCCUGAUGGAGGCAAAUGGGGUUGGGGGAGCCGCAGAUCUGCAGUGAGGGAGGGCUUUCCCACAUUGCCUGCACUUGUCGGUUAGUUGGUUGGCUGUCUAUUUUACUGUCACUUAUUAAAAUAGAGGGGUUUGUUUUGUUUUCAUGUUUUAAGCAGGUAGUUAAAUCCUUUGAAUUUGCCUAAGUGAAAAUCUUACUGCAAGUUUAUGAACUAUUUAAACUUUUUUUUUUCACUGUCAAAAUUCUGAUUUCUAACAUGUAAUUGCCUUCUGGAUGUUUUAUCUUUUUUUAUUUCAUUAUUAUUAUUAUUUGCUUACCCUCUGCCAGUCUCAAUGUCUGACUUAGAAACUUUGUUUUAAAGAUUGUUUGUCCUGAUGCAUCUUUUGCCUAAUUAAAACAAAUUUUUUUCAGAAGAGGA